AUGGCACCACGAACCUUGAAGAUCGCAGCGGCCCAAAUGGGUCCUGUCCAUCUCACAUCCAAACGCCCAGAGACCCUCUCCCGAAUGAUCACCCUUCUGCAAUCUGCCUCUUCCCUCGGCGCCCAGCUCGUCCUCUUCCCCGAAACAGCAUUCACGACCUUCUUCCCGCGGCACUUAAUCCCCUCGCAAGAACUAGACACCUAUUUCGAACACAGCGACAAUCUGCCUGAUGCUGAAAACACCAAGCCCCUUUUCGACGAGGCGAAGAAACUGGGCAUCGAUAUCUCGGUGGGUUUUGCUGAGCGCGCCGAAGAUGGGAAGGGGUAUAAUACGAGUGUGUAUUUUUCGGCGAAGAAGGGCGAGGUGAUUGCGAAGUAUAGGAAAGUGCAUUUGCCGGGGACGAAAGAACCGUUUGAGAAUCCCGACGCUGUGAACCAGCUUGAGAAGCGGUAUUUCGAGCCUGGUAAUUUGGGGUUCCAAGCAUUCCGAGCCCCGGAUUUGGUUGAGGGGGCUGUGAAGAAGGGUAAUGGGGUAGAGGCAGCGCUAGGGAAGGGCGAUCCAGUGAUGGGCAUGAUGAUCUGUAAUGAUCGGCGGUGGGUUGAGGGAUGGAGGAUCUAUGGUAUGCAGGGCGUGGAAGUUGUGUUGUGCGGGUAUAACACUGCGGGCUUCGCGCCGGAUCUGUGGGGGACGAGGAAGGUGAUGACGCCGGAGGAGGCGGAGAAAGAUGCGGUAUUCCAUCAUAAGCUGGUCAUGCAAGGUAAUUCGUAUAUGAAUUCUUGCUUCUCGGUCAGUGCGGCGAAAGCUGGGCUGGAGGACGGCAAGUAUGAUUUGAUUGGCGGCAGUUGUAUUACUUCGCCAGAGGGACAUGUGUUGGCGGAGGCGAAGGGGAAGGGUGACGAGAUUGUUUUUGCAGAGCUGGAUUUGGAGGAUUGCAGACAGGGGAAGGAGAAGACUUUUGAUUUUGAUAGACAUAGGAGGAUUGAUCAGUAUGGACCGAUCACGCAGCAGACUGGUGUUGUGGAGCCUGAUUUGCUUGAAUAG